CAGGAGGUUUGUGUGCUGAACGCGGCUGGCUGUGUGAGACCAGUUCUUGACGGCCGAUAGCCUUCCAUGAAGGUCUUUGGAAAGCAAGCACAGGAGCUGUGACUGAUGAGAAUUAAAGGCCAUGGAUAGAGAUGGACUUGAAUUGCAACCACAAGGGCCAAACUCAUUUUUUGAUACAACAGGAGUUGAUGCUACACACAUGGAUGGUGAUCAAAUUGUUGUGGAAGUACAAGAAACUGUUUUUGUUUCAGAUGUUGUGGGUUCAGACAUAACUGUGCAUAACUUUGUUCCUGAUGACCCAGACUCAGUUGUAAUCCAAGAUGUUAUUGAGGACGUUGUUAUAGAAGAUGUUCAAUGCCAAGACAUCAUGGAAGAAGCAGGUGUAUCUGAAACUGUCAUCAUUCCUGAACAAGUGCUGGACUCAGAUGUAGCCGAAGAAGUUUCUUUAACACAUUGCACAGUCCCAGAAGAUGUUUUAGCUUCGGAUAUUACUUCAGCCUCAAUUUCUAUGCCAGAACAUGUCUUGACAAGUGAAUCUAUACAUGUGCCUGAUGUUGGACAUGUUGAACAUGUGAUUCAUGAUAAUAUAGUGGAAGCAGAAAUCAUCACUGAUCCACUGACAACCGACGUAGUUUCAGAAGAAGUAUUGGUAGCAGACUGUGCCUCUGAAGCAGUCAUUGAUGCCAAUGGGCUCCCUGUAGACCAGCAAGAUGAUGACAAAAGCAACUGUGAGGACUACCUUAUGAUUUCCUUGGAUGAUGCUGGCAAAAUCGAACACGAUGGUUCCUCUGGAAUGACCAUGGAUGCAGAGUCAGAAAUCGAUCCUUGUAAAGUGGAUGGCACUUGUCCUGAAGUCAUCAAAGUCUACAUUUUUAAAGCUGACCCUGGGGAGGAUGACUUAGGUGGAACAGUGGACAUUGUGGAGAGUGAGCCUGAGAAUGAUCAUGGAGUGGAACUACUUGACCAGAGCAACAGUAUUCGUGUUCCCAGGGAAAAGAUGGUUUAUAUGACUGUAAAUGACUCUCAGCAAGAAGAUGAGGAUUUAAAUGUUGCUGAAAUUGCCGACGAGGUUUAUAUGGAAGUGAUUGUUGGAGAGGAAGAUGCCGCCGCCGCCGCCGCCGCUGCUGCCGCUGCACAUGAACAACAGAUAGACGACAAUGAAAUCAAAACCUUCAUGCCAAUUGCGUGGGCAGCUGCUUAUGGUAAUAAUACUGAUGGAAUUGAAAACCGGAAUGGCACUGCAAGUGCCCUCUUGCACAUAGAUGAGUCUGCUGGGCUCGGCAGACUGGCUAAACAAAAACCAAAGAAAAGGAGAAGACCUGAUUCCAGGCAAUACCAAACAGCAAUAAUUAUUGGCCCUGAUGGACAUCCCUUGACUGUGUAUCCGUGCAUGAUUUGUGGGAAAAAGUUUAAGUCAAGAGGCUUCUUGAAAAGGCACAUGAAAAACCAUCCAGAACACCUGACCAAGAAGAAAUACCGCUGUACUGACUGUGACUACACUACCAACAAGAAGAUAAGUUUACACAACCACCUCGAGAGCCACAAGCUGACCAGCAAGGCGGAGAAGGCCAUUGAAUGCGACGAGUAUGGGAAGCAUUUCUCUCACACUGGGGCUUUGUUUACUCACAAAAUGGUGCAUAAGGAGAAAGGAGCCAACAAAAUGCACAAGUGUAAAUUCUGUGAAUACGAAACGGCUGAGCAAGGGUUAUUGAAUCGCCACCUUCUGGCCGUCCACAGCAAGAACUUCCCUCAUAUUUGCGUGGAGUGCGGUAAAGGUUUUCGCCACCCAUCAGAGCUCAAAAAGCACAUGCGAAUCCAUACUGGGGAGAAGCCGUACCAGUGCCAGUACUGCGAAUAUAGGUCUGCAGACUCUUCUAACUUGAAAACACAUGUAAAAACGAAGCAUAGUAAAGAGAUGCCAUUCAAGUGUGACAUUUGUCUCCUGACUUUCUCAGAUACCAAAGAGGUGCAGCAACAUGCUCUUAUCCACCAAGAAAGCAAAACACACCAGUGUUUGCACUGCGACCACAAGAGUUCAAACUCAAGUGAUUUGAAGCGACACAUAAUUUCAGUUCACACUAAGGACUACCCACACAAGUGUGACAUGUGUGAUAAGGGCUUUCACCGGCCCUCUGAACUCAAGAAACAUGUGGCUGCCCACAAGGGUAAAAAAAUGCACCAGUGUAGACAUUGUGACUUUAAGAUCGCAGAUCCGUUUGUUCUCAGUCGCCAUAUUCUCUCAGUCCACACGAAGGAUCUCCCAUUUAGGUGCAAGAGGUGUAGAAAGGGAUUUAGACAACAGAAUGAGCUUAAAAAGCAUAUGAAGACCCACAGUGGCAGGAAGGUGUACCAGUGUGAGUACUGUGAGUAUAGCACUACCGAUGCCUCAGGCUUCAAACGACAUGUUAUUUCCAUCCAUACAAAAGACUACCCUCACCGCUGUGAGUACUGCAAGAAGGGGUUCCGGAGACCCUCAGAAAAGAACCAGCACAUAAUGCGACAUCAUAAAGAAGUUGACCUGUCCUAACGUUCUCUCUACAGACUUGCGUAGAGAGAUUGGCCUUGAUGCGGAAAUUAAUUUUAAAGCCAGUUAGUCACGCCCACAUAUAAUACUGUAUAUUGAUUUAUGCUGUGUACAAAUAGAAUUAUGGCUUCUAGUUGCUUUUUUUUUUUUUAAUAACCAAUUUUUCAAUAGUGUGUUCAGAAUUCCACCCAGUUUGUUUAAUAUUUGGGGCAAAGCGGCAACAAGUCAGCUGCUUUUAAUAAAGUAAUCCCUGAUUGUUUAUGGAAUUUUUUUAUCUUAGAAGUUUUAUAUUUAUUUAAAUAUUUACAUUGCUUGCCUUUAUGGUACUCUUCUAAGACCAUUUAACUUAAAGUUAAGGUAACUUUAGAUUGGUAACUCUGCAAGUAUUUCAUGUUGAUUUUUUUUUUUUUUUAACCUCCCUUAGCCCCAUCCUGCCCCGCGCCCGUAUUUCUCACAAUAAAAUCAGAGACAGCUACUAAUAUAAAUGAGAGAUUUCACAGUCAGGUCUAAUGAUCAUAACAUGGAAGUCAUUUACUUGUCUUGCUUAAUACUCUUUUCAGACCCCAUGACACUUGACAGUUUCCAGUUGAGCUUUUGUGUCCUUAGAAUUACUGAGUGAAAGAACUGGUCAGGUUCGUGUUUCCUUUUCAUUUGAUGUAGCAGACAAAGUAACGACUUUCUUUGGCAUAUUCCCACCUUCUGUCAACCCAGCAAAUGUUUAGAAACCCUUAUUGAUAACUUUUGCUCGGCCCUGUUGUAUUUUUAUUAUUCUGUCUGUGCUGCUUUGUCUUGGAAUGAUUGUGUGCUACCAAUGAGACUUCUUGAAGACUGAAUUUUGGAAUCUCUUGGAAGUAAUUCGUGACUCAUAUAAUCUUUUGCAAGUUUAUAUAUGUAAAUGUACCCUGAAUUAUAUAUAAGUACACAUAUAUAUAACAUGUAUCUGUGUGUAUUGCUUAUUUUAUGUAUUUAUACACACAACCCCAAGUAGUAGUUGUUUUAAAAUCUAUAAUGAAAAGUAUUAAAUUUACAAUAACAUGAAAGAUCCAGGGAUGUAUGAGAGGGCAUUCUGUGAAUGAUGCUCUUCAGAGAGACUACUCAGGUGAAGAAUUAGAAGGAAAAUAAGGACACUAGUAUUUUUAAAGAGUAAAGGUAUUUUCCUUUAAUUAUCUUGAUAAAUUGACAAAUAGAAGUUGAUUCUAGAUAGAAUGUUUCAUACAAUUUCAGCUUCAUGCCUUUAUAUAUAUAUGUGUGUGUGUGUGUGUGUGUGUCGUAAUAUAUAUAUAUAUAUAUUUUUUUUUUUUCCCCCCCCUGAAAAGCUGAUGAGUAGCCAGGCACAACUCCUGGGUCUUUUUCCCCAAAAGCCAGGGAGAGAACUGUGUGUCUCACUGAGAGAGGAGUCUGCGGGGCAGCAUUGGCUCCAGGUGACAGAGUGGGUGCUAAUGAUGACUCACACUUGGCAAGGUCAGCCUGCCUUGCUAUUUUUUCUUAAAACAGUUACAGUGAACAGACUUAAUGAUAAUAACCUAACAUGCCCGUUGGCUUUGAUUAGUAGAUAAAAAUGUUUUAAGUGCAUAAUGAAAUUCUGAGGCCUUAUUUGGAAUCUCACUAAGUCUUUCACAGUUUUAGUUUUUUCACUGAGAGGUGACUUCUUUGUUUUGUUUUAUUGUUUUAAACAAAUUGCUGGAAAUUAGAGUCAUAAAUUUGUAAGAUGUCUUUUUGUUAACUAAUGGUGAAUAAAGUUGGUGUUGUGACUCAUGGAGACCCGAGCACACUCUUUGGUGUCCCUUAUUAUGGCCAUUGGCACGUACGUAUCUGAUACGUUGGAAGAAAAGAACAUUUUCCUACCCACGUUGCCACUUAAUGAUGGUGCUCCAGCCCCUCCGUGCAGUUCAGGUUUCACGUCUCACUGUUCUCUUUGCCAUUGCCAUUUGUAUUUCAGAGUUCUAUUGAUAAGGUUAGAAAUCUAAAUAUUUGGUGUUUGGCAAGCCUGUGAAGUCUAGUUCGAAAUCAAAUUCUUUGGGCCAAUGAGAACUUCAAUCUAAAUGCCAAUCAAAACCAACGGAUGGAUUUUGGGGGUUUUGUGCCCUCUUGGAGGAAUCCUUGGGUGUUGUACAUGGUUAAGACAAGGCUAAUGUACUAGACUGCUAACUGAAAGGUUUGAAGGGCAAGUCCGCCCAGAGAUGCUUCAGAGAAAGGCCUAGUAGUCUACCUAGGAAAAGUCAAACAUUGAAAGCCAACCCUAAGGAAAACAACCAACUCAAACUUGGUGCCACUGGAUGGAUUUCAACAACCCACACUGUAGGACGGGGUAGAACAGCCCCUGUAUGUCCCGAGGCUGAAACUUCACAGGAGCAGAAAGCCUCCUCUCUUGCCCUCAGAGGCGGGUGGCCUUGAACUCCUGAUAUUGGUGGUUAGUAGCCCAAUGUUUAUUAAGCCUCUGUGCCACCAGAGCUCACAGUUCCAUUCUGAUGUAUAUGGGGCCACCGUGAUUUGAACUCAACAGCAACUGGUUGACCCCCAUAAUAAUAAGCUUUUUUAAUUAAAAAUCAAGAACCUCGUAAUUUUGUAAUUCAUUGCCCUGCAGUACUAUUAUGUAAAACUUCCC